AUAAAGGACGAGGAGCAGCGGCGGCGCCGUCGUCGACUGACAGAGACGCCAGCAGAAGCACUGCCCACAGAGGAGUGUGCGCCAGCUCCGAUCGCCCGCCGACCAGAAAACACGGGCUGCGGACGCAGACGUGUGCGAAGCUUCACACAAACCCCGCGUUCGACAAUGCUGGGCUGGCUAGCUGCACUGUUGCUGGCCUCCACGGCCUGCACCGCGACGAGGCCUGGCGUAUCUCCAUCGGCACAGCGCUUGCUGCUGCUGGAGGCACGGGACUUGGGCUACCUGCCUCCCAUGGAGUCCUUCGGCGACGACAGAUGUGGCAUCAACGUGCCCGGCACCAACCUCGACGAGGAGGAGGUCCAUCUCGGCGAAUACCCCUGGAUGGCUCUGUUGGGAUACACCAGCACUACCACGCCCGACAAGAUCACCUACAACUGCGGUGGCACACUGAUCAACAAUCGGUACGUGCUGACGGCGGCGCACUGCGUCAGCCGGCUCCCGAAGCGGCUGAGCGUCUCAUCCGUCCGCCUGGGCGAGCACAACGUCUCCACAGAACUGGAUUGUCAGAUGGUCGGCGGCCGGGAGGUUGUGCACUGGAUGCGGAGAGCACAUGUGGGCCAGGAGCUCACUGUGGCCGGCUUUGGCGCCAUUCGCGGCCAAGGCGACACCGUGCGCGAGCUGACCGUGCCCGUGGUGGGCAACAAGGAGUGCUCGCAAGUGUACCGGAGCUACAGGACCCUGAUCGGAGCCGAGCAGAUCUGCGCUGGCGGCGAGCGCGACCGCGGCGCGUGUGCCGGCGACGCCGGCGGGCCGCUCAUGGCCAUGCCCGCGCCCGGCCAGCCGCACUACCUGAUUGGCGUCGUCUCGUUCGGCCCAGCCCGCUGCGGCACCAGGAACGUGCCCGACGUGUACACACGCGUCACCGAGUACGAGCAGUGGAUCGUCAGUAACAUGCGCGACUGAGGGCCGCGGCGGCGGCCACU